GUCCUGCCAAGCGAGAGAUGGCUGAGCCAGGUGGACUCGGUCCUGGAAGGGUUAAAGGGAAGUGAGCUGCAUUCCUAGAGAGGACAGGAAGCAAGGGGGGCAGGUCCUCCAGAGCCAAAGCCCCUCCCUCCCCAGUCCUUUCCUGCAAGAAAGGGGGGGUGUUGUUUUGUGUCUCUGCUGCAAGGGUUGCAUCGCUGUCCCCUCCUGGGAUCUGGUGAGUCUCCUCUCUCGCUGGGAUCUGGUGGGGGUCCCAGGGCUGCAGCAGGGGAGGGUGCCUGGGGGGCCUGAUCUGCUCAUGUGGGGGGGGGACCCCAAGUCAGGGAGGAGAGGGUCCUGCCAGGGAGGGGCCAGGUCUGCCACGCUCUCCUUCCUGCAGAUCAGAGGGUCCCAAACUCAUGGGAUUCAUUUUGGAUUCCACCUUCUUCUUUAAACAAAGGAGUCCCUAGGACUUUAACUCUGUGUGACGUCUCUCAGCAUCACUGCAAAACAUCGGCAAAUGGUUUUCCAAAGCUGGACAAGGAGGUGGACUAGCCCCCCCCCCAAAAAAAAACCAUGGGGAGAAAGGAAGGAAAGUCUGGCUGCUCCAUUGCGGACCAGUUUCCCAGUGUCUCCCAGGGCAGCUCCCCACGGAGGCCACUGCAGCAAUCCCCUCGCACCCAGAGCAGGGCAUCCCAGGACCACAUCCUCUCUGUCCCAAAGGGAUUGUUGCUGGAAAACCAGCCGAGCCGGAAAUGGGCGCUGCUACUCACUGAGCCUCCAGGGACCUUGGCAUCAGUGGCUGUGCAUGUGUUAAGCUAUCUAAGAGAAUAAUCAUAAUAAAUUGGCCGCCUAAAUUUCAAGGGAAAUGCCUUUGGCCCCGUCCACUUGGCUCUCUGGCGUUUUCCAGAUACAUACCUGGCCCUCGGAGCAAAGAAAAAGGACCCCGCCCCAGGAGUCUGUCUGGAGAGCAGCAGAGAGUCCAAGUGCAAAUAAGGAGACAGAAGCAGGGGAGUGGAGGCGGGGAGCAACUCCUGAAAACCCCCGGGUGAGGACCCCCACUAGAGCCAAGUAUCCAUUUUCCACAAGAUACAAAUGACUCCCUUGUCAGUCAGUUCUGACUUCAUGCAUUGACUGGAAGGCAGGAGAAACCAGGCUGAUUCAUCUCGUAGAAAUCUCUUCAGUUGCCUCCACAUUUUGCAUUGCUAGAAGGCUAGAGACUUAUUUCGUCUCCUCUUCCUCCUCUUUCUUUUAAAAAAGAUAGCUCAUGGUCUGGGAUGCGGUGCAGUCCAGCCCAGGUUCCCAGCAAUCCAUGCUUGCUCAGGGAACCAUCCCCCCCCCCCCCGUCCUACAGAUUCUGUAACAGAACAAUGUAUUUGCUUUGUAGGUUUUGGUACAGCUUCACAUGAAUACGGACAGAACCUGGCAGAAGACCAAAGUGUUCCUUCCGAUCUCUCAGAGGCUUCCUGAGAGCACAGAUGGAUGUGCGAGACUCAGCUCGCCCUGAAGCAAGAAGAGGCCAUGCCAACCAAAUUGGGAGCAGUGGGGGAUUCUGGGAAAACUCUGUGCAGAAGAUCCUGGGUGAGGAGGACACCCUCCGCUCAGAGGGGCAGAGCCAGCAGGUGAGGCAGUUCUGCUGCCAGGAGGCCAAAGGACCCCGAGAGGUUUGCAGCCGACUCUACCACUUUUGCCACCAGUGGCUGAAGCCGGAAAGGCACACGAAAGCUGAGAUGCUGGACCUGGUGAUCUUGGAGCAGUUCCUGGCUGUCCUUCCACCGGAGAUGGAGAGCUGGGUGAGGGACUGUGGAGCGGAGACCAGUUCGCAGGCGGUGGCCCUGGCCGAAGGUUUCCUCCUGAGUCAGGCAGAGGAGAGAAAGCAGGUGAGAGAGACCUUUCUCUGGAUACUCCCAAGGGGCUCCAAGCAGGACGGAGAACAUCCCAUAAUGCUCUACUGAUGGCCCAUCCUUUUUCUGAGGAGACAUCCAUGGAAUGAGAUCUCACACCCUUCAAGUCCUUGUCAUUCUCUUUCUAGUAUUUCUCCCCAUUCUCUGUUUUGAAUCCUUGUUUCUUUCUCAGGGAAAGGAUCUCUUUGCAGAAAUGGACCUGGAUUCCUGUGAGGCAGAGAGGCCUCCGCUGGACACCAGAGAGAGGCCACUGGGUAAGGAGAAAGGUGGUUUUUCUCCUUUUGGUCUCAUUCUGUUGGUUUUCCAACUUGUCUGAGGGUUCUUUUCAUCUUGUAUUGGGGGGAGACAGUUGGGAACAGGGGUCCAGAGGAGGGGAGAUGUAUUUUUGCACAAUUAACAUAUGAAAUCUGAGACGCAGGUGGCGCUGUGCGUUAAACCACAGAGCCUAGGACUUGAUGAUCAGAAGGUCGGCGGUUCAAAUCCCUGCAACGGGUUGAGCUCCUGUUGCUUGGUCCCUGCUCCUGCCAACCUAGCAGUUCGAAAGCACGUCAAAGUGCAAGUAGAUAAAUAGGUACCGCUCCAGCGGGAAGGUCAACGGCAUUUCCGUGUGAUGCUCUGGUUCGCCAGAAGCAGCUUAGUCAUGCUGGCCACAUGACCCAGAAGCUGUACGCCUGCUCCCCAAUAAACGCCUGCUCGCCAAUAAAGCGAGAUGAGCGUCGCAAACCCAGAGUCGGCCACGACUGGACCUAAUGGUCAGGGGUCCCUUUACCUUUACCUAACAUAUGAAAUGGGCACAAAGUUCCUAAUGCACUCAGCAGGUAAGGCUUCUCAAAGGCCCAUCUAUAGUUAGAGAUGCCCUCUUUCACCUGUGAGAGAAGCAGGCACUCCUGGCAUCCUGAUUACCUUUUCUCUCUUGCAGGUGACAGAAGGAUGCUGGCAAGACCUCCUUAUCCAUCUAUUCAUGGGGGCAGAAGGGAAGCAGCAGCUGUGGAACCAGAUCAGGUCAGAGGAAGCUGCCUUGUGGGGACAGAGGCCAAGGGAUGGAGCAAUGUCAUGGACUGGUUGGGCACAGAGGAAUGGUGGGAGGAAGCAGCCGGGGAACCAGGAAGGGAAGACGACUCAGAGCCCAAGGAGUGGAGGUGGAGAAAGGAUGAGCGGUCAGAGGGAGAAGAGGGAGAAGCCUGGGAAGAGGAGGUGUCAGAAGCUGAAGGGGUAACAGGGCUUAGUGAGCUGGGAGACUCUGUGGCAGAAUGCAGUGCAGAAUCAGAGGCAGAAGAGGAAGGAAGCGAGUGGGAGAGGAAGGUCGAGAGGCAGAGGUGAGUCAGGAGAAGGAGGAGCUACCGAUGGCUCCCUCUCCUUCUGCUAGAAGCCACUCUCCCUGCUUGUCUCUCAGAGCCAGGAAACGUCUGACAAUGGAGGAGCAAAGGCAGGCUGCACAUUGGCGCACUGUUCAAUCACUUGCCAGAAACCCCAGAGAGGAGGGGACUUGGAAAGCUGUGGGGAGUCGGGGGCCUUGCCUCUCGGCAACUGAUUUCAUGGAGGAAGACCCUGACAUGGAAUUCUACUCAAUAUUGAUCCAGAGCAGAACUCCAAUAUAUAGUUAGCAGAGUAAAAUUUAAACAUGUUAGAGGAUUCCCAAAAAAUAGACCAGAGGCAAUUGUAUUUCAUUCAUCAGAGCUUUACUGCUACUGAAGACUAAUGAGCAUAAUGGUCACAAAUCCAAUACAUUCAGGAUUGGCACUGCCCAUAAGAAAUCCAGUUGCAGCAGACUUAACAUAAAUUCUUACCAUAACUUAUAAUAAGUCUAAACCUUAACACUAAGCAUACUGUGUACAGAACAUUAGAAAGAACCGAGACAGAAAGAGAAAGUGAACCCCAGGCUCCUUCUGGCCUCUUAUUAUAGUCAGCAUGACCUUACAGAAGAGAUAACAGAACCAAUUUAAACCAACUGUACUCACUUUCUCCAAAGGAAUAACCCAAACACCAGGAACUUUCUGCUUGUUUCUUCCAGAGCCCUCUUGAAUUAAUUAGAAUAGGAAAGAGCUCUACAUAUCAGAUCAAUACUUUCUGUACUAAGAAAUGCAAACCGACAACCUCCCCAUUUAUUUUGUGAAGGAAGUACUGAUAUGCAAAACACUUAUAGAAAAACAUUUACACAAAACAGCUAUCUUAUAAACCUUAUCUUAUCUUAUCAUCAUCUCAUCUUUUCUUAUUUUAUUUUAACUUAUCUUAUCAUCUUAUCUAUAAUAUAUAAACUCCACUCAAAUAUAUAAACCAAGGCCUGAAAGCCACACUUUAUAGCAGGCAGGUCCAAUGUCCAUUUUGGGGACCUAAAGCCCAACAAUUUCAAUCCGAAAAAAAGGUCAGCAACUUUGGUCAGCCCUCACACAUGUUUACUACAUCAAAUCUGGCCUUCUUUGAAAAAAGUUUGGGCACCCCUGCUUUAUAGCAAACCUAAACGGCCUCGGUCCAGUAUACCUGAAGGAGGGUCUCCACCCCCAUCAUUCCACCCAGACACUGGGUCCAGCACCAAGGAUCUUCUUGUGGUUCCCUCGCUGCGAGACGUCACGUUGCAGGGAACCAGGCAGAGGGCCUUCUUGGUAGUGGCACCCACCCUGUGGAACGCCCUCUCACCAGUUGUCAAUGAAAUAAACAACUACCAGACUUUUAGAAGACAUCUGAAGGCAGCCCUGUUUAGGGACGCUUUUAAUGUUUGCCGCACUAUUGUAUUUUAAUAUUUUGUUGGAAGCCGCACAGAGUGGCUGGGGAAACCCAGCCAGAUGGGCGGCGUAUAAACAAUAAAUUAUUAUUAUUAUUAUUACCUCUCUAACAAAAUACUCAACAGAGCACCUCUUUACAAGAGCACUUAAACAAACUUUGCACUAUAUAAUCUCACUUUUCAUAUACCUCCACACUAAAGAAACUUCCACCUAGACUAGUCCAUUAAUUGACAAUACAUAUUGGCAGACCCUCAGGGAAUGAGCUGCUGUUCUCAUGAGACCUGAAACUCAGCCAAGUCUGUGAAUAUCGUGUUCUUGCUAAGAAAGAGUUAACUCCAGCUGUGAACUGUGGGAUUUCCUGCCCAGAUAACUCUGUGACACGAGGCUUCUGAAUGUCGCCAGUACGAUACAUCUUUAGUUGCAGUUUUCAUGGAAUCCUAGAGUUGAAAGGGACCCCAAAGGUCAUCAAGUCCAAGCCCCUGCAUUGCAGGAGUCUCAGCUAGAUCACCCAAGACAGAUGGCCAUCCAGACUAGGCUUCUUGUAUUUCUAUAUUCACCACUGAGUGCUGAAAUAGGCUUCUAUGCUGUGGACAGACAAUAACAAAUAGUGGCCAGGAGUCACCUAACUAGCCCCAUCCGUUGCAAAAUGGGGCCUGCCCCCCACUCCUCCCCCUCUCCAUGCCCCCAUGAACCCCUUGAAUUUGGCUCUAGGGCAUUGGGAGGGAACUCCCCAGAACAACUCACGAGGAGAGGAGAAAGUGGAUCCUUCCAUCGGGGAAACUGGGAUGCUUGCGUAGGCAGAAUGAUUUGAAAACCACAAGGUGGAGUACCAACUAUUUGCACAAAGACGAAUACCCAUAAUUAAUGAAAUAAUUCAAUUAAAAUGUCAAAAUAGGCAUCCAGAAUUAAAAUGUGCAGCAAAGGAAUCCUAUUGAAACAACACCGCAAUUUACAGGAAGGAAACCACAGAGCAUUGUAGAGCAGAUCAUAUUUCUGCAGUCUCAGAGGAGGACAUUUCCCUUUUUCUUUCAGGGUCCAGUGUGCUUUGAAGAUGUCGCUGUUCGUUUCACGGACGAGGAGUGGGCGUUGCUGGAUCCUGACCAGAGAGCUCUGCAUAAGGACGUCAUGGAGGAGAAUCGUGGGAUCGUGGCCUCUCUUGGUAAGGCUCCCUGUGGGAUCGUCCUAUCUGCCUGGAAAUUCAAAAAAUACCUCUAGGUGACAAACCUCAUAUAUUUCCACAGAGCUCAAAAGCGCCCCCUACAACACCUGGGAACCUUACACCCCCCACUAGAAGCAGUAAAUUACAGUUCUUUUCUGAGAACCAUCUUCCUCCAGUUCUGCCUUUUUAUACCACGAUUCGGCUGGUCUGAACUGCCCAGGCAUCUUAAAUGUCAGCUUCAGAGUUGUUAGGAAAGAUAAGUAGCUUCUGUCAGGUUUUCUGUUUUUGAUUUUGCUGCUGUCAGUCUUGGGUUGACCAGAGAGAUGACUGACACUGGAGAUGGAGGGGAUGCCAUGAGUGGGCCAAACAACAUCUGCCCCAGAGAAGAGCCAAGCUGAUUGAAUCUCAGGUAGUAGUAGAAGUAAUAAUAAUAAUAAUAAUAAUAGUAAUAGUAAUAGUAAUAAUUUUUAUUUAUAUCCUGCCUAUCUUCCAACACACACACACAUAUAUAUAUGAAACAUUAAUAAUAACAAUCUGAUCCGAUAUAAAAAGUACAUUAACUUUAAAAUGAACAACUUACACUAGUGUCCAAAAUUGUAGAAACCUUUUGGGAAAAGUGUAUUUCAGAGGUUUGAUGGCUUAUAACACCACUUUUUUGGGGAAUAAUGCCAUAACGUUAUACAUCAAUGGAAAGAUAGUAAAAUGAAGAAUGUAAUGCAAUAACAUUUAUAAAGGAUUAUUUAUUAGAACAGCAGUCAUAAAGAAGAAAAGUGAAAUACAUAGAAAAAAGGAGAUAUACAAAAAUUCUCACUAUGUCAAAUAAUACUUAGUUUGGUAACCUUUAGCUUUACUUAACGGACUUACAAUGCCUUCCCAUGGAGUGAACCAAGUUUUUUAGUUCUGCAGCUGUAAUAAAGUGAAACCAAGAUUAAAUUAUUGCCUCUGUUAAUUGGACUUUAUUGCUGGGUUGCUUCUGACUAACAAGUUUCUUUAGGCAGCUCCAUAGACUUUCACUUGGGUUAAGGUCUGGGCUAUUCCCAGGCCAUUCAAGCAGUGGAAUAUCUUUAUCUUGAAAGCACCUUUUGCACACAGUAGCAACAUGACAUGGAGCUGAAUCCUGUUGAAGUAUAAAAUAAAUAAAUAAUUAUUUAUAGAAAUAUAUAUAAACGCUUAACUAUCUGGGAAAAGAUCAUAUGUGGAACACUUCAGUUUGGGCUCAAGUAUUUCAUUUAUGUUUUUAAAGCAUUUCCAUUCCCAUUAUUGACGCAAAUUCUGCCCACUCCUUUUGCUGUCAUACAACCCCAGAUCAUCACACUAUCUGGGUGUUUCAAAGUCAAUGUAAUGCAUGUAGGAUGUAAAUCUUCUCCGAUUCUUCUCCUUGCAUAUUUCAUGCCAUCACUACCAAGCGAGGAGAUUUUGGUCUCAUUGCUCCUAAUAACACUGCCCCAUUGUUCCACUGUCCAGUUAACAUGGCUUUUAGCCCAGUUUAAUCUUUUCAAUCUUGGCUUGAGAGAUAACAGUGGCUUUUCCCUUAGAAAUCUAACAUUUAGACCAGACCUUGCACUCAACUUCACAUUACAUUGUGCCAUGUCAUCUUGUAGACACCCAGAUGAUUUUCUUCUGUCACGUAGGCAUAGUCUCUCCAUUUUCGAUCGUCACUUGCUGUUGUGCACCUUUUCCUGCCUUUACCAGUCUGAUUUUGUAGUGACUGAGUUUCCUUAUACCUCUUCAACAAUAUAUUGUUGAGGGGACUUGAGGGGGCCUACAAUUUGAUAUGGGUGAGAUAAGGCGAUGAGUGGAAGACUGCAUUCAAUACCAGAUAUGGGACUUUCGAGUAUUUAGUCAUGCCGUUUGGUUUGCAAUCAGGUAUGGCCACCUUCCAGGCCUUCAUCAAUCACGUGUAGGCAGACCUCUUAGACAAAUGGGUCUUAUUGUACCUCAAUGACCUCUUAAUUUUCUCGGAGAGCCUUAAAGCACAUGUGCAACACGUGAAGGAGGUGUUGUGAUGGCUGAGGGCACACAGGCUCUACGCCAAGUUGGACAAAUUCCAGUUCCACAGGAGAGCAGUGGAGUUUUGGGGGUAUCGAGUGUCUCCUGAUGGGGUGUAAAUGGACCCUGCGAAGGUGAAGACGGUGUUAGAGUGGCAGAAGCCCAAGACAAAGAAGGACUUGCAGAGGCACUUGGGCUUCGCUAACUAUUACCGGAAGUUUGUGCCCAACUACUCGCAACUCACCACGCCCCUCAUGGACUGUUUGAGAGAUAAGAAGCCAUUUGCCUGGACGGAGGAGGCACAGCGUGCAUUCAAGAAGCUCAAUGAGAUGUUUGCAGCAGAGGAGUAUCUGUACCAUGCAGAUCAUUAUCAACUGAUGGUGCUGGAGUCGGAUGCUUCUGAAAGGGCGGUAGGAGCAGUGCUGCUUCAGGAAGAUAGCCAUGGCAACCUGAGGGCGUGCGCGUUCCACUCUCGGAAGCUGAACACCUCGGAACAGAACUACACCAUUUGGGAGAGAGAACUGCUAGCUAUAAAGGAAGCCUUAGGGACAUGGAGGCACUUCCUAGAAGGAGCACAACACCAAGUGGAGGUGCGCACAGACCACAAGAACUUAGAAUACUGGCAGACCGUGACACAACUAAACCAGAGACAAAUCCGAUGGGCGCAGUUUUUUGCUCAUUUCAACUUCCACAUACAAUAUGUGCCAGGGCAUCAGAAUCAGAGGGCAGACGCCUUGUCUGGGAAACCUGAGUACAUGGAGAGAGAACAGAAACAAGAGUUGAAACACAUUCUGAAGCCAAAACAGUUGCAACUGGUGGUGGCGCCUGUUGUCGGAGUAGAUGAGUUUAAGCAACAACUAGAAGGAGAUGAAUUUGCACAGCAGAAACUGACAGCGAUACGGAGCGGUCAGAACAAUACUGAAGGAUUCAUUGAAAGGGAAGGUCUCUUGUUCAAGGGAGAGGCGCUCUACAUACCAGAAGGUAACUUGCGGGCGCAAGUCAUGCGGCAGUGUCACAACAACCCAACAGUGGGCCACUUUGGAUAGUACAAGACCGUAGAUCAGCUAAGGAGACGGUUUUGUGGCCCAGAAUGAGAGAAGAGGCUAAGGAGUAUGUUAAGGCAUGUGACACUUGCCAGUGAGCAAAAACGCCACGGGCAGUGCUGGCUGGACUGCUGCAGCCACUUCCGACUCCAUAAGGACCAUGGGAGGUGAUUACGAUGGACUUUAUCACGGACUUGCCAGCCUCCAGGAAACAGACAGUGGUCUGGGUUGUGGUGGACUUGUUCAUGAAAAUGGCACACUUUGUGCCAUGUCCAAAGCUGCCAUCAGCACAGGAAACUGCGCAGAUGUUUGUCGACCACGUGUUCAAGCUGCACGGGUUGCCAUUCCGAGUGAUUUCGGACAGAGGGACACAAUUUACCUCACAAUUUUGGAGGAAGCUGAUGCAGCUUUUGGAAGUAGAAGUGUAUAUAACAAUGUGGUGCUUGCGUCGACCCAACAAACACUGUUUUUAGCCAACUAUGGAAAACAUCCCAGAGCAUUUCCAGAUCCAUGGAGCACCUUGUCAGUGCCAGCUGCAGAGCAGUUUGUGGGGGAGAUGCAGGCUUUACAAGAAGUACUGAAGGAAAAACUGGACGGGGCUCAGGCCUCGUACAGAAAAGAUGUGGACGGGUGUAGACAACAGGGGAGGAGAUCAAAGUGGGGGAUAAGGUGUGGUUGUCAACAAAGGACUUGCCAAUGAAAGGGAGGUGCAGGAAGUUGGAGGCAAGGCGGUUGGGGCCCUUUGAAGUGGUAGAACAGAUAAACCCAGUGUCGUUCAAACUUAUACUCCCAGCCUCGAUGAAGAUAUAUCCUCUUUUCCAUAGGGCUCUCCUGUCACUGUAUGUACCUGCACACCACUACCAGGAACCUAGGCAGGCACCCCCUCCCACCAUUAUGGUAGAAGACCAGGAGGAAUUUGUGAUCCAACAGAUUAUAAAGUCAAGGCUGUGUAGAAGAAAGUUGCAGUAUUUAGUGUCAUGGAAAGGUUAUGGACCUCAGGAAAACUCUCGGGUACAGAGCCAGGAUUUACACACCCAAGAAUUGCAGAGGCAGUUCCACUGUAGGUACCCCCCACAAGCCCAAGCCUAGAGGGUGGAGGGAGGAAAAUGAUCUUAGCUAAGAAGCUGAGGAGAGUGAUACAGGGUGGGAACCAGAACCGAGAGAGUCCUCUGUGGCAGGCAGCAAGGCCGAAGAGGAGGAGGAAGGGGGCUUAGAGGAGGGGGUGAUGUCAGAGAACAGGAUUCUUUGACAGGCAAGACAGAGACUGGAACAGUGGAAAAACAGUGAGAAUUCCUGAGAAGGGGAGGAAGCAAUUAGCCCCAGGAAUUCAACCUUUGUACACACAGAGGGGGACAGAACGCAGAGAGAAGAAAGUUGCAGAGCACUGAGAGUGAAACAGACACAGAGUGAAAGGAAAUGAUCUCUGCCAAAUCUCGUCGAGCUAUGAAAGUUCAUGAGAGGUGUGAAAAAGAGCGGAAGAGACCGUGGGGGCUUGUCGUUGAAGGAAGGGGCGGAGCUCAGACUCAACAUCAAACUUGGGGGAAGAAGCCGAAGAUUGAGCUCCGCAGUGAUUAAUGAGUUUGAGCAAUAAAUAUGAAAUAAUUUCUGCCGGAGUUGUCUCACUUCUCUGGGGGAGACCCAAGCCAUUACAAUAACUAACUUCACGAGUAGAGUUACAAGAAGUUUUGUAAGGUGGAUUUUAUCAAUUAUUGCAAAGUAUAAUUUACAAAUCGUUGGUUUAUGAUUAGGAUUUAAAGGUAAUAAUUAUAAUCCCAAAAUGAAAUAUAGGAUAAUAAGUGGGAAAACCAUUAGUUGAGGAAGAGGAAAAUUUCAGGCUGUUGUAGCCAAAUGCUUUCUAUAUUAUAUAUAAGUUGAAUGUUAUGUUUAAAAUAACUGCAAAAACCAAUGAAAAUUAUUAUUUGGCUAAAACCUUUCAUAGAAUACAGCGAAGUGAACAAAUUUUGUUGCAUUACGUUCUUGAUUAAAUUAUCUUUCCAUUGAUAUACAAUUUUAUGAAAUAACUCCAAAAUAAGUGGUUUUUUGAGCCAACAAACCUCUGAAAUACACUUUUUUCCAAAAGGCUUCCACAAUUUGGGCCAGUACUGUAUAUCAAACAAAGCAACAUUCAAUAAUCCAUAAAAAUCUAAUAAUAAAUAUAUUGGUAAAUGACAAACAACAAAGAUAAUGAUCAUAGACCCAACUCCCUUCAGUUCGUCUCCAUUUGUUCCUGAGGCUCUAAUCCCUUUUUGUCUCCAUUGCAGAUUGUAAUGAAUUGGAAAUCAAGAACAAAGGUGACCAUGAUAAAAUCCCCAGGGAGGAGAAGCCAUGUAAAAAUUUGGAGAAUGGAGAGAGCUGCAGUCAGAGCUCCCAUUCCACUUCCCAUCAGCAAACUCUCAUUGGAAAGAAACACUAUCAGUGCAUGGAAUGUGGAAAGAGUUUCACUCAUAGCUCCUCUCUCACUUCCCAUCACAGAAUUCAUACAGGGGAGAAACCCUAUCAGUGCGGAGAAUGUGGAAAGAGCUUUAGUCAGAGUGGCCAUCUCACUUCCCAUCAAAGAAUUCAUACAGGGGAGAAACCCUAUCAGUGUGUGGAAUGUGGAAAGAGCUUCAGUAGGAGUACCGAUCUCUCUUCCCAUCAGAGAAUUCAUACAGUGGAGAAACCCUAUCAGUGUGUGGAAUGUGGAAAGAGCUUCAGUAGGAGUACCGAUCUCACUUCCCAUCAGAGAGUUCAUACAGUGGAGAAACCUUAUCAGUGUAUGGAAUGUGGAAAGAGCUUCAGUCAGGGCUCCCAACUCACUUCCCAUCAAAGAAUUCAUACAAAGUUUGGAAAAAACCAUCAUAUAGCUUUAGGUGCCAGGCAAAAACAUAUCUGUUUAACGAGGCCUUUGGCUGAUUAACAUCUAUUUUUUUAAAAAAAUAUAUAUAUUUAUUAAGAUUUAAGAGGUUACAGAAAGAAAAAAUAGAAAACAACAUAUUAAGCAAAAACAAAGCAUCAC